AUGUCUUCACCCAAGGAAGGAGAGCAGGCUGGUGUGUACACCAACGUCACGGCGAUCAAGCAGAACAUGACUUCCGGCGGUAACCUAGCGUUCCACAACUUCAACAACGAUUUUGCCCAUAUUUCCAAUGCGAACGAGCGACGUAGGCUGGCCCUAGCGGAGAUUGACAAAGCCCCCUUUGGCUGGUACCAUGUUCGGGCCAUCGCCGUAGCAGGAAUUGGCUUCUUCACAGAUUCGUACGAUAUUUUCGCUAUAGGCUUGGUCACCUCCCUUCUCGGAGUGGUCUAUUUCGGAGGCAAGAUACCAGAUGCCGACGAUACGGCCAUCAAGGUCGCCACGUCCGCUGGAACGGUUGCUGGCCAGGUGGGUUUUGGUAUACUUGCCGACAUCGUGGGCAGAAAGAAGAUGUACGGCCUGGAGCUUAUGAUCAUCAUCUUCUCUACCCUCGCCCAGAGUCUGUCGUCAAGCUCGCCUGCCAUGUCGAUUGUCGGGCUGAUCGUGUUCUGGAGAGUACUAAUGGGAAUCGGUAUUGGUGGCGAUUACCCACUCUCGGCGAUCAUAACAUCCGAAUUCGCGACUACACGUUGGCGCGGAUUCAUGAUGAACGCCGUCUUUGCCAUGCAGGGCUUUGGUCAGCUGGCGGCCGGGAUUGUUCUUCUAGCCGUCACCCAAGGCUUCAGAGGCUCCCUUGAGGUGUCAGAGACAUUGACCGACUGCUCUACGAACGGGGCUUGCGCAAGUGCCGUGGACAAGAUGUGGCGCGUCAUCGUUGGCUUCGGAGCAGUGCCUGGCUGCUUCGCACUUUACUUCCGCCUCACGAUCCCCGAGACACCUCGAUACACCUUUGACGUUGACCGGGAUGUCCAGAAGGCUGUAGAGGACGUUAAGACAUAUCGGCAGGGCAAAUGGGGUGAAGGUGAGGUUGAUGAAUUUGCGAGGGCCCAGGCCAAGCAGUCGGCGAAGGUGGAACUAGAUGUGCCCAGGGCAUCGUGGUCCGACUUUGCCGCACAUUACCGCAAGUGGCAGCAUCUGAAGGUCUUGCUUGGCUGUGCACUGUCGUGGUUUUUCCUGGAUAUCGCCUUUUAUGGUCUCGGACUCAACAACGCAAUCAUCCUGAACACAAUCGGCUUCAGCGGCGGCAGCAACGUCUACCAAAUCUACCACCGGACAGCCAUUGGCAACCUGAUUCUGGUGCUGGCUGGCGCCGUACCGGGCUACUGGGUAUCUGCUGCGUUGAUCGACACGGUCGGGCGCAAGCCAAUCCAGCUGUUUGGUUUCUUCAUGCUGACGGUGCUGUUCUGUAUCAUCGGAUUCGGGUUCUGGAAUUUGUCGGGCUUAGCAUUCAUGGUGCUGUUCACGCUGAGCCAAUUCUUCUUCAACGCCGGGCCCAACUCGACGACCUUCAUCAUUCCGGGCGAGGUGUUCCCGACACGGUACCGCUCGACAUCCCACGGAAUCUCGGCAGCCUCUGGAAAAAUGGGCGCCAUCAUCGCACAGGUGGUCUUUGGGCCUCUCAGGAGCAUCGGGGCGGAUGCUGCCAAGGCCAAGACCGACCCGCGGUGGGCUGCUCCUUGGAUUGCCCACAUCAUGCAGAUUUUUGCCGCUUUCAUGGCGCUGGGCUUCUGCACGUCGUGGUUAGUGCCCGAGUCGGCGAGGAAGACGCUUGAGGAGCUGGCAGGAGAGGAUGAUACUGCUGUCAGUGUUAUUGAUUCUGAAUUGGAUGGUGAGAAGGGCAGGGCGAGCCCUUCGUCUGGCAGAUAG